CACUGAUCGUACCCGCUCUAGAGUCCUCGGCGGUAGACGUAACAUAUGUUUAGAUAACAAAGACCACGGAGAUAACUGUGUUAUUGUUGCAGCCGUAAAGUUUUUCUCUCUGUGCUUUGCGCGUUCACGACAUCUCCGUGUCUCGCCAUACUACGACGUCCACCCCGCCGUAUAACGACCGUGGCCGUACCGAGUACUGAGUGGACACCAGUCAACGUUCCGCCGUCGCCGUCGCGUCUUCGCAUCGCCACGUUGUAGAUAGGCUUAAUCCCCGAACCCGUACUCCGCCGGAUCGACUCCCCAGUCGUUUGCCGAUCCCUAGCCCGUGCCCUAUCGAGUCGUCGCCCCGUCCGUGUACGGUGUGUCACUGUGCGCUGCUCUUCGGCGUACCCGCGAACGUGUCCGAGAAUUCCGUCCGCCGGUCCCGUCCUGCGGUUAUGCGCUACGGCCGCGGCCGUAAACAGACGACCACCGACGUCGAAUCCAACUGAACACUCGAGUGACACUAGUCAUGUCUAAAACUUCCGGUUCGGCUGCGUCCAGUUCGUCGUCUGCGGCUGCCCAGACACCCGGUGUAGCCGUUUUGCCGGCCGAAGACAAUUUCGAUUUUUUGUUCAAGAUCGUGCUUAUUGGUGACUGUGGCACUGGCAAAACGUGUGUGGUGCAGCGCUUCAAAAGUGGCACCUAUGCUGAAAACCAGGGCAACACCAUUGGCGUUGAUUUCUCCAUGAAAACCAUCAAGAUCGAUGGCAAGAAGGUCAAGCUUCAGAUAUGGGACACAGCGGGUCAUGAAAGGUUUCGUACUAUUACCCAGAGUUAUUAUCGUUCAGCCAACGGGGUCCUUUUAGUGUAUGACAUAACAAAACGUGCUACUUUCCUAAACUUGCAACGAUGGGUUGAAGAGGUACGUCGGUAUACAUCGUCAAAUGUUUUGCUCGUAUUGAUCGGUAAUAAAUGUGACCUGGAAGAAAACCGCCAAGUAGAGUUGUCUGAAGCAGACGCUAUGUGUGAAUAUUUCCCUGAAUUAUUGUCUGUAUUGGAAACAUCGGCCAAAGAGAAUAAAAAUAUCGAAGAAGCUUUUAUUACAAUUGCUUCUGAGCUUAAAAGACGGCAUGACCAAAGCGCUCACAUUGAAGAUGAACCUAAUCCUGUUAUCAAUUUAAGUGAAGGCGAGAGUGUUCAAAAAUGUAAAGGUUGUACACUAUUAUAAAUGAACAUGGUACAGUAGAACAAAUUUCCGAUUUGAUCUUUAUUAUUCUAAAAUAAGAUUGUGAACAUAUAUAUUUAUGUAUGUAUCUAUAGUUCUAUAAUAACACUAUUGUUUAAUUUGAAAUUUUUAACAUUUUAUUAAAAUUAUAUUUAAAAAAAAAGUUAUAAAAUAAGGGUAACACUAUCCCAAAAUUUAUAUACACUUUUAUGAUCAGUGUUAAUACUAUGUCUAAUUUUAUUUUAUAAUCAAACCGUAUCUACACAAGUGCGCACAUUUUCUAAACUUAUGUGCUUGCAGUUCAUGAGGAACCCACAUUGUUACAGCCUGUUAACUGGCUGGUCAAGCUUAUUUAUAUGACUUGAUGCCUCAUUUGUAUGUGCCCUUAGGUGGAUGCGGCUUUAUAAUUGCAAUAAAUAUUUAUGUAUGUGAACCUACUUUGUUAAUCAUACAAUCAUGUACUAUAAUAUUAAUUAAGCUUUUCUAAUAGUUUUACAAGGGACCAUUGUUGUAGAUGUUUUCGAGUUUUCCUUCACAAGGUCCCCUUACAUACUUAUAUAUUUCAAAAUUG